CGCAAGCGGAGAGCCUGCUGCCGCUCUUCGUUUUCCUGUUGCGCCGCGUCGGUGCGCACCAUCACUGGCGCGAUCGCAGCAACUUUUUUGCAUCAUGUUUCCUGUCUUCCAAGGUAACUUACGCGUUUGUUUGCAGUUUCAGGGUUAACGAAACCCACGCCGCAGGGAGAUCAACUUUCUCAUCCAUCAGAUUACUUCUCUACUUUGGUAGCCCCUUCAGAUGCAUCAUCCUCAGCUGUUCACUGAAAAACUUGAAAAAGAGGAAACCCAGCACAGCAGUAGUGACGGUAAAAGGUGUGAGUGUAAUCCGGCGUCACGCGUGUGACGCUUGUGCUGGGAACUUUCUGCUUUGCCUCACUGUCGAUGUGACACAAUCCCCUUUGUCUCAAGUCAUACCAUGUGGUCUAGCAAGAAAAUGUUGUGUCUGAAAACAAGACAAGGAGCUGAUUGGAUGGGAUGAAAGUACAAGAAAAGCAAAAAAGGAGGAAAAAACAACCAUGCCGGAGCUCCACCAGGUGGUUUAUAUUGGCUUGGAGCUGCUGAUCGCUCUCCUGGCUGUGACUGGGAACACCCUGGUAUGCUGGUCCGUCUGCCUGAACUCCAACCUGCAGAACAUCACCAACUUCUUUGUGGUCUCACUAGCAAUUGCUGAUAUCGCUGUGGGGCUACUGGCAAUUCCCUUCGCUAUCACAAUUAGUGUGGGGUUCUGUGCCGACUUUUACGGUUGCCUGUUCAUCGCCUGCUUUCUGCUCGUGCUCACACAGAGCUCCAUCUUCAGUCUGCUGGCCAUCGCUGUGGACCGCUAUAUCGCAAUCAAGAAUCCGCUCAGGUAUAACAGUCUGGUAACAGGGCUGAGAGCAAAGUGCAUCAUAGCACUGUGCUGGACUUUGUCAGCGGCGAUCGGCAUGACUCCACUGAUUGGUUGGAACACAGGCUGGAACGCAACACUUCACAGCUCAAAAAGAAAAAGUUGCCCUAAAGGUCUGACCCAAUGCCUUUUUGAGGCAGUUGUUCCUUUGGACUAUAUGACCUAUUUUAAUUUCUUUGGCUUUGUGCUGACCCCUCUGUUGGUCAUGCUGGUCAUCUACAUCAAAAUAUUUCUGGUGGCGAGGAGGCAGCUCCGUCGAAUGAGCAUCACAGUUUCAUUCUCACCUGUUUCUGGACGAAGACCUUCAUCCUCGAACUCUUCCCAUUCUUUUCUGCAGAAGGACGUGCAUGCUGCCAAAUCACUGGCAAUUAUUGUGGGCUUAUUUGCUAUCUGCUGGCUUCCUGUGCAUAUCAUCAACUGCUUCAACCACCUGUGCAAAGACUGUGAGCGUCCAACAAUCUGGGUGAUGAACAUCGCCAUCAUCCUCUCCCAUGCAAACUCUGUGGUGAAUCCCUUUAUUUAUGCCUACCGCAUCAAGGAGUUUAGACAGACUUUUUGGAAGAUUUUUUACAAGUACAUUCUGAGGCAGGCAACCAGCAACGGGAUUGGGACAAUGAGUAUUGACAGCAGAGAUUUCAGCUGCGUCAGCAUCAGACGGACAUCCCAAACGAGUAAAGAGGUUUCAACAUGUGGCACAAUGGCAAAUAGCUACAUCCUGGAUCCUGAUACUCAUCCAUCAAGAUACAAAGUUAAUCGCAGAACUUCUAGCCAUUGGUCUACAAAUCAAGAUGUGCUGCCAAGCAGCUGCAUCCACAACGGAUACAGAGGACAAAGUGACACGUUCUCAGGGAUGCAGGAGAACCCAAGCACGGCAUUUUGUGCACAGGAUGCAGCAGAAUCUGCUUCAUGUGAAGAGGGAGCGGCAGAUGUUUUUGAGCUGAAAGACAGAGGAGGCUGCACUGAUUUUGUCAAUGUUCAAGCUGUCUCUGUAAAAAAGACUGAUGGUUGCAACUCCACAGACAUAACAGAGGUGUCAUGACAUUUACGUUCAUAUAUACAUUUUUCCCGCCAGCACGAGACUCUUAAUCCUGUGAAGACAAUUUCUUCAACAACAAAAAAACACUGAACAGAAUAGCUAUUUCUUCCUUGUAGCAUAAGACCUGUUUUUAUUUACUCUAGACUUUUAUUUUCUACAUGAGCCAAAUUUCAGCUGAAGGUCAGGCUACAUGAAUAUAAAGAUGCUUAAAGCAGAAAGCUUUUCAAUAUGAGUUGAUGCUUAUAUUUUCUCUGCAUAUUGUUUAAGUGACAUCCGUGGAAAUGUCUGUUUUCAAAAAUGAAUGUAGGCUGUAUACCAGGGUUGUCAAACUCCAGUCCUCAAGGGCCACUGUCCUGCAGUUUUUAGAUG